AUGUCCCUGGAUCCGAUUGAUGGGGUGCGCUUCAAGGAGAGGAGCGAUGAAGAAAUCCAAGUGAAAGCCCUUCAAGCCGGGACAGGUAUAAAAGCCUGGCUGAGAACAGCCAUCAGCCUGGGUGUCCAGAUCCAGGGAGGGAUCACCUUGUCUCCCAGAAUGGACCUCUUCCUUCUGAACACCUUCCUGUGCUUUAUCAAUAUAGCUGCAGCCAAUAUCUUUGAAUACCAGGCCGAAACCCAGCCUCUUCGUCCCUGUGAACUUCAACGGGAAAAAGCCUUUCGACAAGGUGAAGAUUAUGUCCCCCAGUGCUUGGAAGAUGGGCAGUUCAGGAAUGUCCAAUGUGACAACCUUCAGCUUUCAUGCUGGUGUGUAGAUGAAAAUGGUGUGGAGGUCCCAGGCAGCAAACAGACUGGCUCUUCCGUAGCUUGUUUAUCCUUCUGCCAGCUGCAAAAGCAGCGCAUCCUGGUCAGCCGCUACAUCAACAGUAGCGCAACGACCUACAUCCCGCAAUGCCUGGACUCCGGCGAUUUUGACUCGAUGCAGUGUGAUCUCGAUCUGCAGCAAUGCUGGUGCGUGGACGGCGAAGGGAUGGAGAUUUAUGGCACGAGGCAGAGAGGGAAGCCGGCACGAUGCCCUGGGAAAUGCGAGAUCCGAGACCGUCGUGUGCUGCAUGGCGUCGGGGAGAAGAGCCCACCCCAGUGCUCAGCUGAUGGGGAAUUUCUGCCUGUCCAGUGCAAGUUUGUCAAUAGGACAGACAUGAUGGUGUUUGAUCUUCUUCAUCAUUUUAACAGGUUCCCUGAAGCAUUCCUGGCAUUCAGUGCCUUUAGCAAUUCAUUCCCAGAGAUCUCUGGCUAUUGUUACUGUGCAGACAGCCUCGGGAGGGAGCUAGAAGAGACAGGUCUGGAGAUGUUACUCGACAAUGUCUAUGACACCAUUUUUGCAUCAACGGAGCCUGCCCAAACUUUCAGUGACACCACUAUGUACAGGAUCCUGCAGAGGCGUUUCUUGGGAGUGCGGCUGUUGACAUUUGGCAGGUUCAAAUGCCCCUCCAAGUGUGAAAUGGAGAGAUUCUCAGCUGUUCGUUUCCAACACAAGUAUAAGCCAUCAUGUGAUGAAAACGGAGCCUAUGAGCCAACUCAAUGCCAGCCAGAUGGUCAGUGCUGGUGUGUGGAUUCUAAAGGGCAGGAGAUCUUGGGAACCAGAAGUCAAGGGCAGCGUCCACCAUGUGGUGAAGAACACGGUUGUGCCUCUGAGAGACAAAGAGCACUCUCAACCCUUUUCUAUGGACCCAUUGGACACUUUGGCCAGCACAAUUUGUUCUCUGCUGCAGAGGAAGCCCAGAAAGCAACUGGGUUCUCAAGAUCUUGUUCACCUUCAUUAAAGAAACUGUUUGUGGAUUCUGGGUUGCUGUCAUCUGUCAUGGACACGCCAGAUGCUUCUCAGCUGCUCAGACUUGAAUCUGUCCUGAGUGAGGCUAUCAGGGGGAUAUUUCCUUCAAGAGAACUUGCUCGAGUGGCCCUCCGGUUCACCAGCAACCGCAAGCAGUUCCAAGAAAACCUUUUCGGGGGGAAGUUCUUGAAGAACUUGAUUCAGUUGAACUUCACUGGGGCCAUUGGCACAAACAGCAAAUUUAAUUUGGAACGGUUCUUCCAGCAGAGCGGGACAAGUGGUGAAUUUGCUGAAACGAGGCAGCAGAUAUUGUCAGAAGCGCCCCUGCUCAACUUGAGCCGGCCUCUUGUGGACAGUUUGGGCCAAAUGAUUAAUUUACAAGACAAUCAGAGGUUGGUCAAAUUUCUCGCUUCCCUCCUUAAAGCCCCGGAGUUUUUUGCUUUUCUGCAACAGGUCAUUUCCAUCCCUGAAAGUAUCGCUGAAGAUUUAGGGGAUGUGGCAAAAAUAGUGUUGCGAUCCCAAGACUGCCAGGAGAAGUCCAGAAAUUUGUUUAUCCCGGAGUGCACCAAAGAUGGGAAGUACAAGGAAAGCCAGUGCUACGCAGGGGAUUGCUGGUGUGUGGAUUCCAAUGGUAAAGAGCUCUCAGGAUCCAGAGUUCACGGCACCGAUCCAAAGUGUCCUUCAUUGUGCGAAAAGCAACGGGAAAGUCUGCAGAGCUUGAAAAGAAGCCAGCCUGCAGGAUCUGAGCUCUUUGUUCCUUCCUGUACCUCGGAUGGAAAAUUCUUGACGGUUCAAUGCCAUGGAAGAAAUUGCUUCUGUGUCAAUUCAGAAGGCAGGACGAUUCCAGGAAUCGCCAUCGAUUCAAGACAGCCUGUACAAUGUCCAAGUGACUGCCAGUUAGCAGGCAGUGAAGCUUUUCUGAGAACUGUGCAGAAACUACUGAUGGAGCCCACCAGUCUGCCUCAGUUCUCCAGUGUCUACAUCCCACAAUGCACCCAGGAUGGCGAAUGGAGGCGGGUCCAAUGUGACGGUCCCCCAGAACAUGCCUUUGAGUGGUACCAAAUGUGGAUCACCCAGAAUAAUAAUGGCAGAUCUCUCCCCUUGGAUGACUUGAUGGACAUCCUCUUGGACUACAAAGAGAGAUCGAGAUCGAGCUUUGAAGUGUUUGUCAAAGCCCUCUAUGAGGCUGGCCACCAGAAUGUCUUCCCAGUGUUCUCCAGAUAUCCUUCCUUUGAGGAUGUUCCUCAAGUGGUUCGGGAAGGCAACAAUGCGGGGGCUUCGUCAGCGAACAUUCUGUUGGUGCCCUUCACUUUCUGGCAGCUUCUUCAGGGACAGCUCAUCCAUUACCCCGGGCCUUACAGUGAUUUCAGUAACCCGCUGGAGCAUUUUGACCUGCGCGGUUGUUGGUGUGUGGAUGAAAAGGGACAAAUGCAAGGAAGCAAAGCUGAAGCGAAUGAAUUUCCAGACUGUCCUGGAGCAUGCAAAGCUGCUCGACAAGAAGCCACGCGGUUUACUGACAAAGUGGAGCGGCUCAUCCGGGAGUCCAACAGCUCCCGCUUUCCUUUCGGGCAGAGCUUUUUAAUGGCCGAAGGGCUCAUGCUGACAGAGGAUGAGCUGCUGAAUUAUUCCCAGCCAGGGAUCACGUUUUCAGAAGGGUUCUUGACGGGAAGGGAUUACGCCAUCCGGCUGGCAGCGCAAUCCACUCUGCAUUUCUACUGGCGCCACCUUUUUGCCUCGCGUGGUUCUGCAGGGGAGGCAACGCGGCUGGGAUUUCAACCGUAUGUCCCCCAAUGUGAUGGGCUGGGCAACUGGGAACCUCUUCAGUGCUACGACAGCUCAGGUCACUGCUGGUGUGUUGAUGAGAGAGGACGUUAUGUGUCAGAUUCUCUAGUGACACGCUUAGCUCAGCUGCCUCAGUGUCGGACCCCAUGUCAGCGCUCCCAAACAAACGCAUUGAUUUCCGGAUGGAGACAGAAGGGUCCAAGCCUUGACUUGGCUUCAGCAGACCUCUUUACGCCUUCCUGCCUAGAGACCGGGGCAUAUGCCAUGCUGCAGAAGUCAGAGACAGAGGCCUGGUGUGUCGACCCUGCGUCAGGAGAAGUCCUCCAAGGGAGCAGGGUAGAUUCAAAGGGCAGAGUUCACUGCCCUGGUUACUGCAGCCUGCUGAAGUCCAAGACUCUCUCACGGGAACUUGGAAGAGGAUACCUGCCCAAGUGCGAGAGCAGCAGCGGCGUUUUCUCCCCAGUGCAAUGUGAUGACAACCAGGAAAGCUGUUGGUGCGUCUUUGAGAAUGGGGCGGAGGCUCCUGGGACACGAGACGCCAGCCGGAGGCCUGAAUGUGAACGUCCUCAGUGCCGCUUGCCUUUUGACACCUCUGAUGUGGUCAACGGACAGGUUUUUUGCAACAACACAUCCUUGACGACUACAGUAACUCAACAGUGCUGGGUGAUAUGCUAUCCAGGCUUCCACAGGGCUUUUUCCAGUGGGGAGAUGUUUCUUUGCGAUGUAGAGACCAAGCUCUGGGUAGGAGAUCCACCACACUUGCAAACCUGUCAAAAGCUCCAGCCAUUCCAGACUGUCCAAGUACAAAGUCACUUUCAGCUCCUGCUGCCUGCUGAGAAGGCCUGCAGUCCUGACUACUCCGGAUUGCUCGAAGCCUUCGAGAUCUUCAUCCUGGACGAGAUGAAGGCCCGAGGGCUUUGUCACCUGCAGGUCAAUGCCCUCGAACGCCUGGUUUCGGUUCCUGUUUGCAGUGAUUCUGCUGUCCGGGUGGAGUGUUUGUCCGCCGACCGUUUGGGAGUGAACGUCAUGUGGACAGCUGUGCUGGAGGAUAUCCCAGCAGCUUCGCUUCCUGAUUUACACAACGUCGAAGAAGCUAUGGCUGGGGAUCUCAUGGGACGCUUUGAAUCACUCCUCCGGAACCAUGGAUUUGUCUUCCAUCUGGACUCCAAGCGCUUCCAAGCAGACACUUCCGUUAGUUUCCCCAGAGAUGUCGAUUUUAACAUAUCUUCUGGAGUUUACCUUGGGUGUAAGAGCAGAUUCCAAAAGGUGUUGAUUGCAGAAAGAACUUCGCUCGAUUCCCAAGGAUGUGUUGUUUGCCCUCCAGGGGCCUACUUCCAAAAUGACCACUGCAUCCCGUGCCCCUCUGGAUCCUAUCAAGAGCAGUCCGGAAGCCUCUCUUGCCCCAAAUGUCCUUCGGGGAAAACGACCGUCUCCCCCGGAGCCUUUAAAGCUGAGCACUGUAUCACUGCCUGCCAGAUGGACAGUCGAGGCUUACAGUGUGAUGGGGACGGCAGGUAUGAGUCUUACUUUGAAGACUCUGCUACCAACAAGUCAUUCUGUGUUGAUAGCCUUGGAAAGAUAUUGGAGUGGACUGAAACAGACAGCCGGCUUACAGUCUCCCAGUGCCUAGUUCUUCGACGUUUCGAGAGCGUUCCUGCCCCCAAGCUUUCCGUCUCGAUAGAUGAGGCCGAGAUUGUUCGGUCCGAGACCAUCCAAGGAGAGCCCAGCAGCGUGCUUUGGCAAUGCGUUUCAGAGUGCGAGAAGGAUGAGUCGUGCGGGUUUGUCGCAUUGUCCAGUGCAGGGACGGGAAGGCUGUGUGAGCUGUACAGUUCCGCUGAGAGCAAUUACAACUGCUCUGCUUCCGGACUGGCCGAAGGUGUCUUUGAGAACUCUGCCACUACUAGGAUCGCUCGUCUUAGCUGUCUAAUUAAAGUAAGAAGCCAGGAUCCAGACACAGUGAGAGUCUACCUGAAAAAAGGGCAAGAAUUCACAGCAGCUGGAGCCAAGACCUUUGAGCGGACUGAUUUCCAGGAUGUUGUUUCUGGCGUGUACAGGAAUCUGGUGCUGUCAGCAGCUGCGACAUCUUUGACCGAUGCUCAUCUUUUCUGCCGCCAAAGCUGCAGCCAAAAUGCCUGCUGUGACGGCUUUAUCUUGAGCCAGGUCCCGCUGGAUGGAGGUAGUAUCUUGUGCGGCCUUAUGAGCUACCCGGAUGUAUUCAUCUGCCAUGCUAACGACUGGGAUGGAACUCCAACCCGUGGGAGAGGAGACCAAUGUCAAAGAGAGAAGUAUGCUGAAGGAAGGAAGCAGUACACAUUCCAGCUGGGAGGCCAGGUGCUCACGGAAACUUCUGGGGCCAGAGAAGAAAAGGAUAGCUCCUUCAUCAGCUUUCAGCGUGUUUAUCUAUGGAGAGACUCUGAUAUGGUCACUCGAUUGAGAUCCAGUGCGUGUGAUGCUGCUGUUGUCCCAGCACAGAGAGAGCCAGGCUUGACAGAUUCUGCGCUGGAACUCUUUUCCUUGAUGGAAAACAGUCAAAUCCAGAUCGACCGACGCAGUUCCCUUCCAUCCCAAGAGUACUGGAUCUUCAAGCACACGUACUCGGCAGAACAGGCCAGCCUCUGGUGUCUUACCCGCUGUGCGGAAGAUGAAUUCUGUCAACUAGCGGACAUUGCCAAUUUCACAAGCCAAACCUACUUCACCUGCACCCUCUAUCCAGUGGCCCAGGUCUGUGAAAACAUUAUCAACAGCAUCCCUGAGAACUGCAGCACCGUGUUACCCCAGAAGCCAAACAUUUUAUUUCAGAAAACAGUCUCUCUGGAAGGGAGCGUAAAGAACUUCUACACUCGUUUGCCUUUCCGUAAAGUUUCAGGAAUCUCUGUGAGAAACAAGAUGGAUGUGUCUGGGAAAGCUGUUGGAGCUGGGUUCUUGGACUGUGAACGCCUGUGUGACGCAGAUCCUUGUUGCACAGGCUUUGGACUCUUAAACGCUUCCCAAGCAACAGAUGGCAAAGUCUUGUGCUUGAUUCUGAAUAGUUUGGGGAUCCAAACAUGCAGUGAAGAACUGAGAAAUGACUGGCAUGUUUCAGAUUGCGCACCUUUGGAAACGGAAGCUAGGAGCCAUCCCUUUGGCUGGUACCAAAAAGGAGCUGAUGUCCCUGAUGCAUGCCCACCUGUACAUCUAUCCCGAAGAGGAGACGGAGAUGCUUUGGACAAGUGGCAACGUGUAGAGAAGUCUUCAAUUCUCACCGAUCCCUCCAUUUCACAAUUCGAUAUUUUGCACCUCAGCAGAGAAGCUUUCAGUGAUUUUGCUUCCGCCCGAGACCUUUGCCUGUCAGUCUGUUCCGAAAACAAAUCCUGCCUGGUGACUACGGUGGAAAUACAGCGUUCAGCGGCACGGUGCAUGUUCUACCCUGAAACCCAGAGCUGCAGAUUUAGCCUGCAAGAGCACCACUGUCAGCUCUUGCUCAAAGAACCGGCUACAUACAUCUAUCGUAGGCAAGAUGUGUUCCCACCCAUCUCUGAAACGAGUGGUGCUGUGACUGUGAGCAUUCCUUCACUUGGAGUGUUGUAUGGGGCUUCUAAAGUCAUCCAAGUAGGCUCCAAUUGGAAGAGCAUUCGGCAGUUCCUUGGAAUUCCAUAUGCAGCACCUCCCUUGGGAGAGAACCGCUUCCGUCCACCACAGGUUUUCACUAGGGCGGAAUCCUGGAAUGCUACCAUGACUCGGGCUAGUUGCUGGCAACCUGGGGACGAUGAGGUCAGUCCUUCAUCCAUCAGUGAAGACUGCUUGUAUUUGAACAUCUACGUCCCAGAUCACACUGGUGGAAAUCUGCCUGUCCUGGUGUUCUUUCACAACGGCGUGACUGGGGACAGUGACCAAACGAGGAUUCUCCUUGACGGCUCGUAUUUAGCUGCUGUUGGCAAUAUCGUUGUCGUCACUGUGAAUUACCGGGUUGGAGUCUUUGGCUUUCUUAGCACUGGUUCCUCUCUGGCAAGCGGCAACUGGGGGCUGCUGGAUCAGGAAGCAGCUCUGAAAUGGACGCAGGGAAACAUUGCAAGUUUCGGAGGAGACCCCGGUCAGGUUACGGCUGCAGCUGAUCGUAGUGGAGCCGACAUCGCCAGCCUUCACCUGCUUGCAGGAGCCGGCGACACAGGCCUCUUCAAGAGAGCUCUGCUGAUGGGAGGCUCUGCUUUCUCUCCAGCUUCAGUGAUCGGCAAGGAGAAAGCACGGGAGCAAGCUGCCGAUUUGGCUGCCGAGCUUGGCUGUCCUUCGGCCGACGGCGAGGAAAGUCUCUCCUGUCUCCGCCAGCUGCCUGCCAAAGCUCUCAACGAUGCCCAAACCAAGCGACUUGCUGUGAGCGGGCCCUUUCAGUACUGGAGCCCAGUGGUCGAUGGCGUCUACCUUCAGGAGCCUCUAACAUCAGCCUUGCAGCGCUCUCCGGCUGUGACGUUGGACCUGCUCAUUGGGAGCUCUCAACAAGAUGGGCUGAUCAGCCGGGCCAAGGCAAUCAAGCGAUUUGAAGAAAGCCAAGGUCGUUCUGACAGCAAAACCAUCUUCUACCGGGCUCUCCAGAAUUCAUUGGGGGGAGAGGACUCUAAUCCCAUGGUGCUGGAUGCAGCCUCCUGGUUUUAUUCCCUCCAGCACUCAUCCGACAAUUAUGCAUCGUUCUCCAGAGCUUUGGAAAAUGCCACUCGGGACCACUUCAUCAUUUGUCCAACAAUAGAGAUGGCAAAGCGCUGGGCAGGUAGCGGCAGAGGAAACGUCUUCAUGUACCAUGUACCAGAGAGUUCUUCCUUGAGCAGUUCAAGCCUGGAGCUUUUGCCGGAUGUUCAGUAUAUUUUUGGCCUGCCCUUCCACCCCCUCUAUGAAAACCGAUACACUCUGGAAGAGAAGACGCUUUCCUUGGCCAUAAUGCAGUACCUGGCUAACUUUAUGACAUCUGGAAAUCCAAACAAUCCUUAUAAAUACUCAAGAAGGGCUCCUGGUCUUGCGUCACCCUGGCCUAUGUUCCGAGCAGAUGCCGGCGGAGACAAUUAUAAAGAAUUCACUGCUGCUUUGAAGAACCGCAAAGGGUUGAAAGAAGCCGAAUGCUCAUUCUGGUUCGAUUAUAUCAAGACACUCAAAGUUUCUACAGGCUGUGGGAGAGAUCAGCCGGUCGCAACUGAAGCGAGAGACCGAUCGACUGCGGAACCUGUCCCUAAAACCACUCGGGCAAAGCCGGCAGAAGAGAAGGCGGCCUACAGCAAAUAG